AUGCAGUCUCUCACGUCGUUGCCCGACGAUUCGGAAUAUUCUUGCUAUAUUUGUCUUGCUGGAAGAGGCGAGCUUGCUCCAUUUUGCAAUAGCGAAGAAUCCAAAGAUUGGGUCAAACCGUGCCAGUGCUCCUUGGUGGCACACCGCAAGUGUUUCCUAUCGUGGGUUUCCAGCUUGGACCUUCAGAAGCGUAAACAGCAAGAGAAUCCGGAAACACUGCCCAGUGGUGUGCGUUCAGCAACGCUGAUGUACAAUUACAACAUUCAAAGUCUUCUAUUUGGGUUUCCUCUUAUCAAAAAGUCAGAGACUAUUACCGUUUUUAUUGAUUGUCCCCAGUGCAAACGCCAGAUUUGCUUCCAAACCCCAAACUCCAGGAUACUGAACCUGCGCCAGACCAUAAGCUCAGGUAUCUCAAACAUAAUGCGUGUUGGAAUCUCUUCAACGGUGAUUUCCUCGUCUCUGGCCUCUGUCAGUAUGGGGUUUUUGGUGUGUUUGAGUGCAACAGGAUUUAGGGUCAUGCAAAUGAUUACACCGCAAAGUGUCCAACUUUCUUUAUUCGAUGUCAACCGGUUGAAUACGCGCACGUUAAUUAGUGCGUUGGAUGAUGGAUCGAUUCCAAUCCCAAAGUUUCUCAUGAUCACAGGCUCAAUUCCGCUUUAUUUGAUUUACAUGAGAAUGAGCGUCCUGGGGACAGGUCCUUUCAAUAUGGUUGGAAGAGUGUUUCCAUUGCUUCUUUUCAAGAACCAGCAGGACCUGAUCGACAACCCAGCCAAGAAGUUGCUUUUGCUCACGCUUCCCCUCCAAUACAUCUACAGAGCGUUCUACAGUCUCACUUUCAACAGAAUAUACUACAAGUGGUGCAAACAAGUUCAACCAUGUUUCAUUGCUGACAGACUUUCUCUCAAAGAAUUGGAGCGUAUUGAGGAGGAAAACAGAGAGGAAGACGAAUACCACGAGGCUGAAAAGGAGUCCCACAAACUGGAGCCAUCACACACAGGCUUGUUGGGAAUAAUUCGCAGAUACUUGAACCUGGUGUUUUCUCAUUCAGGAUUGAGAAGUAUCAGGUUCUCAAGACUGAGACGAGAGUUGAUCAACUGCUUCAAGUUUGACUACGCCAGAGUGUUCCAAAACUCCCAAUUCUUCUUAUUCCUUGCUACAACUAUGUCAUGGCCCUAUUUUGGAGAAUUAAUUAGUCGGACACUUCUGGCCAAGAUCCCGAACAUCAACAGUUUCCUCCAGAAAUACAUUAAUACCCCUGACGAGUCCGAAUUCCUCAGGAAUCUGAUUGGCUGUGUGGUUGUCGUGCUUGCCAAAGAUCUCAUUAACUUGUACUUCAACUACAAGAAGUUCAAACAGCUAAAAGAAGUGGAUGUUGUAAGCGGCUCCAACGAAGACUUCCUGAGGUACAUCAGCGAGAAAUACAACCAAGGCGAACCACUAAACACUUAA